CUCCCUUACAAAAACCUAAUAAUUAUAACAAACUGUACUAAAUUUCAAUUCUCAAAGAUUCGAAAUCCAAGCAAAACUUGUCGUUGAAAUUAUUAGACAGAGUGAUGAUAGGUCAUUCCCAACGUCAUCAUCAUCAUCAUCUUUCUUCACUGAGUUCUUUGCACCAACCAUUAUAUAAAUAUAAACCCCAAUAUGUAAAACUACUCUUAAAGUAUAAUUAAUAGUAGUAUGGAAAUUGUUGAGGAUGUUGUGAUUGUAGGAGCUGGAAUUGCUGGCCUCACUACAUCCUUGGGACUUCACAGGUUGGGUAUUAGAAGCUUAGUAUUGGAAUCAGCAGAGUGUUUGAGGAUAACAGGGUUUGCUUUGAUGGUAUGGACCAAUGCUUGGAAGGCUUUGGAUGCCAUUGGUGUUGGACUUUCUCUUCGCCAACAACAUCACACCCUUCUUGGAAAUGUUACUUCAUCUACAGAAUCAGGACUCCAAACAGCAGAGAUGUCAUUUAAUAAGGCCAUAGGAAAAACACUUGGAAUGCAUGAAGUUCGGUGUGUAAAUAGGAAGUUGCUCAUGGAAGCUCUCUCAAAUGAACUCCCAAAUGGUACUAUCAGAUUCUCCUCCAAACUGGUUGCUAUUCAAGAAUCUGGUUUCUUCAAGCUUCUUCAUCUUGCUGAUGGCACCAUCAUUAGAACUAAGGUGUUAAUAGGGUCUGAUGGAGUGAACUCAGUGGUGGCAAAAUGGCUAGGAUUCAAUCAAGCUACACAUACAGGGAGAUAUGCCAUUAGGGGAUGUGCAACUAAUUUUGACUCUAAUAAUCAUGGAUUUGAGUCACUUUUUAGUCAGUUCUUUGGCCAUGGUGUUAGAUUUGGUCUCAUCCCUUGUGACCCCAGAUUUGUUUAUUGGUUUUUUACUUUUGCUACUUCCCUUGACCAAGAGAAAGAGCUUGAAGAGAACCCAACUAAAACAAGAGAGUUUGUAUUGAGUAAAUUGGGAAUGAUUCCUGAUCAAGUAAGAGGUGUAUUUGAGUCCACAGAAUUAGAAGCCUUCAAGUUAAUAUCUCCACUAAGAUAUAGAAAACCAUGGGAGCUUUUAUGGAAAAGCAUAAGCAAAGGCAAUGUUUGUGUGGCUGGGGAUGCCCUCCAUCCCAUGACACCGGACCUCGGCCAAGGCGGCUGCUCUGCUCUAGAAGACGGUGUCGUUUUGGCUAGGUGUCUUGGGGAGGUGUUGCUGAGAAACUCGAGUAAGAAAAGUGAAAAACUUGAAGAGGAAUAUAAGAACAUUGAAAUGGGGUUGAAGAAGUAUGCAAGUGAGAGGAAAUGGAGGAGCUUUGACCUUGUUGCUACAGCUUAUGUGAUUGGUUUUAUACAACAGAGUCAUAAUAAAGUUUUAAGCUUUUUAAGGGACAAGUUUUUGGCUUCAUUUUUGGCUACUUGGGUGUUCAAGAAAGCUGACUUUGAUUGUGGAAAACUCACUAACAAUUAAAAUAGUUUCAACUUGUUCUUUGUUUUUGGUAUUAUUAAUGUGUUUGACAUUAUUUCUAGCCGAAAGAGUAACUCAGUUUGAGCUAUGUAUACUUAAUUUGAGAUAUUAUGAUUAAAGGUACAACCGAAUAAUGUUUGAUAUUGAA